ACGAGCAGCAACGAUCGUUUUUGGAGAGCGCGCCAGGGUUUCCCGAUCCAAACCGUUCCCAACCGAUACGUUACGACCCGAUACGCUAGAGCAAAAAGGCCAGCGGAAGAUUAAAAAGGCGCGCGCACGGAUCAGUGAAUGCGGUUUAAAUCGGUUCAAUUGCAAACCAUUGUUCGCACGGGAGGUCCGUCAGCCGAGUCCACAGUAAACCGACAUAAUCCCCAAAAUCAAAGCAUAACAAACGCAUUGUAGUGUCAUUAAGUGUGUGUAGUUCCCGCUUCCCCAAUAAGGUGUGAUAAGUGCGUGAUAAUUUUCGAGCCAACCUAGUCGAGAGCGAUCGUUUUGGCCCGAAAAUGUGCUAAUCAGAUCUCAGUCUUGGUUCACGGCAUAGGCAUCGCAACCCGAUGCUGCCCCGCACAACUGGCGCCAAUUUGUAUACAAAUUUCAUGCCUUAAUUGAAACUCACAUUAUAGCCAAGUGCGAAAAGUUAACGACUAGCUAACCAGCGACAAUCCGCAGCAGAGCAGAGCGCAACUAUCCCAGCGAAUCCAAACGGAGAAAGUUCCACGGCGGAGUUGGCGAAAAGCAGACUUAGGUGGCGACAAUUGCAAUUCUGGAGUUCUUCAAUCAACUGCCAUCGGCCGAAAUGGACCCAGAGUCGCAGUGUCCGCAAUAUGGCGAGGUGAACCAGCUGGGCGGCGUCUUCGUCAACGGACGUCCGCUGCCCAAUGCGACCAGGAUGCGGAUCGUGGAGCUGGCCCGUCUGGGCAUCCGACCCUGCGAUAUAUCGCGCCAGCUGCGAGUGAGUCACGGCUGUGUGUCCAAGAUCCUGGCCAGGUACCACGAAACGGGCUCCAUACUACCCGGUGCAAUUGGGGGAUCCAAGCCGCGGGUGACCACGCCCAAGGUGGUCAACUACAUCAGGGAACUGAAGCAGCGAGAUCCCGGCAUCUUUGCGUGGGAAAUCCGCGACCGUUUGCUCAGCGAGGGCAUAUGCGACAAAACGAAUGUGCCCAGUGUGAGCUCCAUCUCGAGGAUCCUGCGCAACAAGUUGGGCAGCCUGGGGCACCAGCACACGCCGGGAACGGUGAUGGGCAGCGGAAGCAGCAGUGGUGGCGGCAGUGUGUCCAGCAAUGGUGGCCAAAACAAUGGCGCGAAUGCCAGCAACAAUAUUAAUCUGGGAAAUCUGGGCAAUCCCGGCGGUGGACCACACCAUCCGCACCACCAUCAUCACCAUCAGACGGCGGCGGCUGCGGCAAGUGCCCACCAUGUGCACGCCCACGCCCAUGCCCACGCCCACCUGUACAACUCCAUCUACCAGCCGUACAGUGCUGCGGCGGCCUACAGCAUGAAGGCGGUGUCCUGCGGAAGUCCAUCACCGCCGCAAGGAGCGGGCGGUCAGGGAUCAGCGCCGCAUCCCCACCAGCUGAGGAGUGUGGCCGCCGCAGCCGCUGCCGCCCACUGGCCCUCCUCCCACUCGGUCAGCGAUAUCCUGGCCCACCAUCAGGCGGUCGCACUGCGGGCCAGUUGCCAGGUGGGCGUCGGCGUGGGUGGCAUGGGCGGCAUGGGCAGUACGGUGUCCCCGCUGCCGAUGACUCCUUCUCCGGUGGCGGGUACCGCCGGUGGUCAGCCCCUGCUCGACUGCGAGGGUGGAGCAGGACAGCAGUCGCCGUACAACUACUACAUGUACUUCCAGAACGGCGGGAUGCACCACCACCAUCAUCACGGCGGAAUGAUGGCCGCCGGAGCCACGGGCUUAUGAGUGGGUGGUGUCUAAUCAGCGGGUUGGUUGCGGGUUUAGCUACUUUUGAUCGCGGUUGUUCAGUCUAGGUUACUCUAGUCUAAGCGCUAGUUAAGGAAUGGUCUCACCAUGGCGCUCACUUGUCACUCAAAUUUAAAACUAAAUCCCUAUUUGCUUAUUUUUAUAAUUUUCUUGGACUAUAUAUCACAAUUUACUUCUAACUAAGAAGCUCGUAGCUGUGUGGUUAGCUGAAUCCAAAUAGGUAAAAUGUUGUAAAACAAUGUGUAAGAGGUGAUUCACCCUAUCUACUGGUCGGCUUAUUUACACUUCCUAUUCAUAAUUAACAAUGACAGCUAAUUUCCUAAAAAGUCUCUAAUACAAAAUGAUAAAGCCUAUAAGAUAUUUCAGAAAGCUUUUGUGUGAUAAGUGAGUGCCGUGGUAAGUUGGGCCUUCAAAUGU